AUGGAUGCUAAAAACCCAAGGAAAUGCAGUUUGACAUCCUUCCCGAUUUUGAAAGCAAGAAAGAAACAAAAUCUCACCUCCGUGAAGAGCCCCACUCUUCCUUCUGAGAUCUACAUAGUUGAGAGUAAGCCUUUGCUUCAAAUCCAGAAGCCACCUUCCAAGGUCAAGAACUUCAGGAUGACCCAGUUCUUGAAUAAGAACAGAAACACCACCUUUAUGCCACUGCCUUUCGUGGACACCAAGGGGAAGAAGAACAUGGUGAACUUCCCACGCAUCAGCAGUAAACUCCCGCUAAAGCAACCCCUGCUGCAUCACGAGAAUCAAACUCACAGCCAGGGGUCGUCCUCUGAGCUCAAGCCUUCAGAAACACCCUUCCCUUCGAACAUCAAAACCCAAGAUCCCAAACCAGAGGAGAAGCCGCCAAAGAAGUGCAAGCGGAAGGUGCCUCUGCGAGCGGCAGAGGCCCUAAAGAUUUUUAAGAACCAGCUGUCUUCUUAUGAGCAAAGUGAAGUCCUGGGCUACACAGAGCUGUGGUUCCUGGGGCUGGAAGCUGAGAAACUCCACAUGGCUCCUGAUAAAUUCAGCAAGACAAGUUUCGAUGAUAAACACGGCUCCUACAUGAAGGUCCUGCAUGACCACAUUGCCUACCGCUACGAGGUUCUGGAGAUGAUCGGGAAAGGGUCCUUUGCACAGGUGGCCAAGUGCUUGGAUCAUAAAAACAAUGAGUUGGUGGCCUUGAAAAUCAUCAGGAACAAGAAGAGAUUUCACCACCAGGCCCUGGUGGAGCUGAAGAUCCUGGAAGCUCUCAGGAGGAAGGACAAAGACAACACCUACAACGUGGUGCACAUGAAGGACUUCUUCUACUUCCGCAACCAUCUCUGCAUCACCUUUGAACUCCUGGGAAUCAACUUGUACGAGCUGAUGAAGAAUAACAGCUUCCAAGGCUUCAGUCUCUCGAUAGUUCGGCGCUUCACCCUCUCUGUUUUGAAGUGUUUGCAAAUGCUUUACAUAGAGAAAAUCAUUCACUGUGACCUCAAGCCUGAGAAUAUAGUGUUGUACCAAAAGGGCCAAGUCUCUGUUAAAGUUAUUGACUUUGGAUCAAGCUGUUAUGAACACCAGAAAGUCUACACCUACAUCCAAAGCCGCUUCUACCGAUCCCCAGAGGUGAUCCUGGGCCGUCCCUACGACAUGGCCAUUGAUAUGUGGAGCCUGGGCUGCAUCAUGGCCGAGCUGUACACGGGCUACCCCCUGUUCCCUGGGGAGAACGAGGCGGAGCAGCUAGCCUGCAUCAUGGAGGUGCUGGGAUUGCCGCCAACCCACUUCAUCCAGACGGCCUCCAGGAGACAGACGUUCUUUGAUUCCAAAGGUUUUCCUAAAAAUAUAACCAACAACAGGGGGAAAAAAAGAUACCCGGAUUCCAAGGAUCUCACCAUGGUGCUGAAAACCUACGACACCAGCUUCCUGGACUUUCUGAGAAAGUGUUUGGUCUGGGAGCCUUCUCUUCGCAUGACCCCUGACCAGGCCCUCAGGCAUGCUUGGAUUCAUGAGCCGCGGAACCUCAAGGCACAGCCCAGGCUUCAGACCUUGAGGAAAACCAGUCUCUGUUUCCCCUCUGAGGCCAGGAAGGACAAAGUUCAAGGGCAGCAUCACUUGGGCAAAGAAGAGGUGAUCCUUCAAAUAGAGACUAAAGACAAAAUCAAAGGCGGUGCCACUAAACAGGAUCAGAAUUCAGCUAAUCAGCAGGGCUCUGUCCAGCACACAGCUGAAGUCGUCCAGCUGCCUCAUCUAGCAGAAGCUUCCAGAAAGCCCGAGGCAGUUGUUGGGCCAGCGGAGUCCAAGACCUCCACAGGACAACAAAACAAAAACUGCUCCCCCAAGAACACAAACAUUUUACCACCUAUUGUGUGACCUGAGCGGAGGGUGUGUCCUGUUCCUUUCCACCAGUGAUUUGUACUAGA